AUGCGAUACAAGUCUUCCAAGCUUCGUGCCUCUCCUCUUGUUCUAAUCUAUCUAUCUAUCUAUCUAUCUAUCUAUCUAUCUAUCUAUCUAUCUAUCUAUCUAUCUGUUUUUCAUUGUCUGUCUAUCUCAAUUUGUUCAUCUAACUAUGUUUUUCAUUAUCUCUGUCUAUCUCAAUCUGUUCAUUAUCUAUCUAUCUAUCUAUCUAUCUAUCUAUCUAUCUAUCUAUCUAUCUAUGUUUUUCAUUGUCUAUCCCAAUUUAUCUAUCUAUCUAUCUAUCUAUCUAUCUAUCUCAAUUUGUCAUUAUCUGUCUCUCGGCGUGCCUAUCUCUCUGUCUGCAUCUAUCUAUCUAUCUAUCUAUCUAUCUAUCUAUCUAUCUAUCUAUCUCAUUUAUCAUUAUUGGUCUAUUUCAUUUGUUUAUCUAUCUAUCUAUCUAUCUAUCUAUCUAUCUAUCUAUCUAUCUCAUUUAUCAUUAUUGGUCUAUUUCAUUUGUUUAUCUAUCUAUCUAUCUAUCUAUCUAUCUAUCUAUCUAUCUAUCUAUCUAUCUCAUUUAUCAUUAUUGGUUUAUUUCAUUUGUUUAUCUAUCUAUCUAUCUAUCUAUCUUUUUCAUUGUCUUUCUAUCUCAGUCUAUCUAUCUAUCUAUCUAUCUAUCUAUCUCAUUUAUCAUUAUUGGUUUAUUUCAUUUGUUUAUCUAUCUAUCUAUCUAUCUAUCUAUCUUUUUCAUUGUCUUUCUAUCUCAGUCUAUCUAUCUAUCUAUCUAUCUAUCUAUCUAUCUAUCUAUCUAUCUAUCUAUCUCAAUUUGUUUAUUAUCUAUCUAUCUACCUAUCUAUCUCUGUUUUUCAUUGUCGGUCUAUCUGUCUAUCUGAAUUUGUUAAUCUAUCUAUCUAUCUAUCUAUCUAUCUAUCUAUCUAUCUAUCUAUCUAUGUUUUUCAUUAUCUCUGUCGGUCUGUUUGUCUGUCUAUCUAUCUAUUUAUCUAG